AUGACCUCUGGAAGCGGAGCGGAUCAGCAGCCAUCGUAAGCAUUUUUCUCACUUAUACAGUCGGGCAAAAACUGCAAAAAAUCGAUAGUUUUUUUUCCAGUUAACUGUGAUUCUUUGCGAGGGUGUAGUGAGAAACGCGCCGCGAACUCGGCCACCAUUCAAAAAAGGGGCGUGGUCUUGCGCAAUUGCCGCACGCAAUUUUGCAAGUUUGGCGCGCGCGCUUUCUGUUUAGCCGCAAUUGUUUCCGACAGCAUUUUGAAGACGUUCUUACUGCUUUUCAGGAAUAUUACACAGCGCUGUUAUUGGUUUUUGCCGUUGGCAAUUUUUCUCUGUUGAUAACAAUUGCUAAAGAUAAUAAAGCUUCUAUAAACUGCGUUCUUUCAUUUUCGAGAUAAAAAAAAUAGAAAAUUCUGCCGAAAACAAACAUUAAUUGACAGAGAACAAGCGCUAAAAUAUGAAACAAGCGCGAAAUUCCUGAAACAUUGCGCGAAAUUCCUGAAACUCGGCGGAAACCGUGGCCUAGUACCACGGCCUGCGACCCCGGGGCAAAUGGACUAGAAUUUUCCUCGUCACCCUCGCAAAGAAUCACCGUGUGCAGUUUUAAACCUGCUUAAUGAUCCCAUCAUCCCAUGAUCUUUUCAGAUGGAUCACCGACCGAAUGGAAAACGGAAUCGCCGUCGGCAACGUCCGCUCGCUCAUCAAAAUUCUGGAGUGCGUUGCCGACAAAGCCGCGUCGGCGCCGGAUGACUACGAAUCGGACGUGGAUCGUCACAAAUUGAUGGUCGAUGUCAUGUCGAUGACGAUAAAGUUUCACGCGGAAGUCGUCGCGAAAACCAGCUCUUUUAUGAAGGAAAUAAGAACGCCGGUGAAAAGAUUCAAGAUCGAGGACGUGGAGGAGGAUUAUUAUUCGGGCGACGCCGAGGUGUUCAUUCCGGCCGAACAAUCCGAUUCCGCCAGCAGACUGACACAAGAAGACAGAAGAAGACGACUGUCAUCCGACAGUAACUCCCAUUCUAUGGAAUCCUUUACGAACUUUGGCUCCGUCGGCUCUUCGGUCCGUCUUCCCACACCUCAAUCGUUCACCCCUUUAUUCGGCAGCGGCUCGAACAUUCCGCUCUCCCUGCCCGCAGCCAAAUUUGUCCUUUUCGGAUUCGAGAAGUUUCCGUUACCGGCGGACAUUCUGGAAGCGAUCGGGUAGAGUUUACUAGAGAACACCAGCAUAUGAUUCGCCUUUUUUUAGAGUCUACAUGUCUUAUGGUCAAGUUCAAAUGUACUUGGAAAACACGGAUCAUCAAUUUUGGAAGUGUCACACCGAACAGAUCGUUUUCAAAGUGGAUCAACGCACCGCUUUUGCUCUUCUGAAGCUAUUCGACGGCGAUCAAUGCGAUCUGAAGAAGCAUAGCAAGAGACCGGAGCUCGGCGUGAGAAACUGCUCAAAAAAGCGAACGAGAUAACUCAAUGUUCAGAAAUGUCUGCUUCUGAAUCAUGGGGUCAACAGUCUGAAGGAGGAAGCGAUGCUGUGCUUGGCCACCGUUUACUCGGAAAUCCAUCCGCGGUGCACCGUCGAUGUCUUCGGAGAGACUCUGAAAAUCACGACGGGCGGGGAGAUCGAAGAGAUCACUACUUUCAAGGAUCUCGUGUUCGAAAUGACCACAAUCCGCGAAACGGUUUUGAGCCGAAUGUCGGAAGAGGGACGGAGAGAGUUCGAGAGGGUCGCCGAUCUCGAAAGAAGAUCGAUCCGCAAACGUUCUAGAAGUUAUCAGUCCAAAAAUGUGUCGAUGUAAUGUUAAUAAGUAUUUAAAAAUUGGAUAAUAAAACAUGUCAAAUUGAUGAGAAUUUUCCGUUUUCGGUUCUUUUCCCACAAUUAUCGUUGUUGUUCACAUCAUUUUCUCUCCAUUUUCCACCUUUUCCAGACCCGUCAUGACUUCUCCUUCUCGCCACCCAUCGUCAGUUUAUUAAUCCUCUUAUUCGGCUCGAAUUCUUCCGUCUCCUUUACAGAUGGCUCACCGAUCGGCUGGAAAGCGAGCUGGUCGUCAACAAUAUCCACUCGCUCGUCCGCAUUCUCAAGAGUCUAGCCGACAAAGCGGCACGUGCUCCAGAAGAAAAAGAAGAAGCGGAAGGAGACGGCGACGGACGGCAGCAGAUCCUCGUCGAGCUCAUUUCGAUGACGAUUGAGUUCCACGAGAAAGUGGUCGCCAAAACGAACAGUUUGGUGAAGCGCAGCGCGAAAAACCGGCAGAAAGAUGAGGAAAUCAGCAAGAAACGGGUGAAGACGGAGCCGGGAUCGCCCGAGAAAGACCCGCUAUUGCCUCCGUCCAUUGGAGAAACGUGGAGAACCGAUUCGCCAGAUAUUGUACUUAAUAUUCAUUGAUUUUCCCAGAAAAUUUGUCAUUUUCAGCCAGAUUGGCCAACGCGCAAUCCUCUCGUGAUCUCUUGGAAACCCGAACCGAACUUUGACGUCACCUGGCGUACUGAGCAGCCGAAUCCGCCGUCGCACUUCUUCUUCCGCGAUACGAAACCGCCGGCCAAGAGAAUUUUGGCGUCAUUCGAUCCGAGAGCGCCGCCUCCGAACAUUCCACGCGCCCAUCCUCGGGGCGGUCCGUCCAAAUUCGCAUUGUUCUCGUUCGGCGUCGCUGACGCUUCGACUGUGGCAAAAAUUCUGAACCUUCUUGGGUAUCCAUGAUCAGAAUCGAUUCGAAAAAAAGUCGAUGUCUUCAGAAUCCCCACGUCAUCGACGCAAAUCAGCGUGACCGAGGAUAACACGAUCCACAAGUUUUUGUGGAAUUUCGGCACUAAACGCUUGGUUUUCGAGGUUGAUCCGCCGAGAACUUCGGCGAUUUUGGGCAGAUUCAACGGAAGUCAAUGCGAUCUGAGAAUGCACAAUGAAGAUCCGGAGCUCCGGGUGAGAGCCCUUAAAUAUAAUGUAAAAACAGGCAUGUGUUGUAGAGACUUAUGCUCGUUUUCCACGACGACUACAUAUUCAAAAUGGAACUGAUGCUCUGCGCGGCCGGAAUUCUCGCGGAGACGUGGUCCCCGAGCGAUGGAUCAACUAUUGCCGCAUUCGGCGAAAAUGUGACGAUAUCGUGGAACGGAACCGUCGAGGAAACGAUCAGCUUCGCGGAUAUUGUCGUCGAACACGUGGAGGUUUACCGGAAAAUUCUGGAGGCGUUGACCGACGAGGGAAAGCGAAGAGCCGAGAAAUUGAGAGAACGUGCGCUGAGAGGAUCGAUAUGA